AUGAUACUUGACGCAAUCACUUCUCGAGACCUCAAGGCGCAUACAAGCAGCGGUGCCGGUGGACUGGCUGUGUCCGGCGCCAUAGGUUCCGUUGAUCGAGGAUCGUUUUACACCGAAUCGGUUGGAGGUUCAGUCUUGCGUACAUCUGGCGAUCUCAUAACACCCAUUCGGAGCUCCGGCAUCGAUGACCAAGGUCGUGGCACCGGAUGCGACCCCGCUCUGGAUCCUCCACCAGCAUAUGAGACCAUUGUCGCGCCACUUACCCUCAAUGGUACUCGGCGGGUCCUGAAAAGAUCAGCAUGUCGACCCUCAUGUUAUAGAUCGCAACCACAUGGAGAUUCCCGGGACCGUAUCACUUCCGAGACUGGGGAAUCCAGGGAGAUGAUGCAUACCAUUCGCGGCUCUCUGGUAAUACGUACGGUCCCAGAAUCACUCACGUACGAAAGGUUACCUCGCCCCUUUGUGAUUCAAGCCCAGACAAGCAAGCAUAAGCUACCGGAUCUCUUCGCUAGUGUGGGAACACCAGCGCUUCCACUGCAUGAUGUGCAUGAAUCGGAUUGGGACAACCUUCUUCAGGAUUUAGUAGCCUGUUCCCGGUACUCUACCGGUCAACGUAUUAUUGCUGGCUUUUUGCCUGUGACAAAGCACCUCGGGCCUCCAGGAUGUCUCGCUAAUUUUGUUGUUGAACAAGGGAUGAGGAAGGGUAAAUUGUCCAAGUCAUUCGAGCUGCUAGAUAUCUGGAACGAGCAAUUUUUCAGGCCCAGAAGACUGGAAGUGAUAUUGUGCAAAGGCGAUAGGUGUAAAUCGGGUAGAAGGAGUGGUUUUCUUGCCCCUGAUCGGAUAAAUGUUGCCCCAAGGCAGAAUCAAAAUUCGACGCCGGAGCAGGCCGACAAAGAUUAUCGUCUGGUAGUGAUUUCAGUUUGA